GUUCGACAACCACAGGCGAACACAAAACAGUUAUAAUCGCGCUUCCAGUGAUUUUCUUUCGGCUGAAAAGCGCACAUUGUCUGUAAAACGGGUAAGUUUGUUUUCGCAAAAGAUUGCGUAUCGAAAGAUAUUGAAAUACUUUUUUACACUUAUUAAUCGUUAUUAUUCGGAAAAGGCUUGCCAAUUCCUACAGGGAAAAUUUUUAAACCAUAUCUUACGUCAUAUACUGGUUAUCUCUUAAGAGCAGUGAUUAGGAAAAAUCGCGCGUUUAAGGUUGACGUUGAGAAUUCAGUUUCUUUGAAUUUUGCAUAUCAAUGCCCAUAUCAACGCUUGAAUGAGCGACUAAACGAGUACUGAGAAAAUGCGAAGUGAGCUUGUCAAACAAACCUAUUACCGAAGAGCAGGUUCUGUUUAUACGGUGAUAAAUUCUAAUUUUAUAUUUGUUUUAACUAUGAUGACGAGUUUCGCAACAGCUGUGUAACCUUUGACUCUUAUGUAUGAUCUUUCAUAUAUUCAUUUGCACUUGUAUUACUAUCGUUUCGUUAGUAAAUGGAAGCGGGUUUUUCUGUUAAUGGAAACUCGGUAUCAAACAUUCAUCACACUUAUUCUUCAGGUUCUCGCGCGAAAUGAAUUUUUUGCUCGGUUCUUUCACACCAUUGCUCUUACGACUUAGAAUGCUAUUGUGAACAAAUAUUACACUUUGAAUGUUUUCUCCUCCAAAGAUAAUAGUAACUCUACUGUAAGCUCUCUUAUCAACAAUGACGACAUCUGGAAAUCUCGCAUGAGAGAGAUACAAGGCGCCAUAAUGGUCUCCUCCUUGUUUGAAAUCGUGAUCGGUUUCACUGGCCUCAUUGGGUUUCUUCUUCGCUUCAUUGGACCGUUGACCAUUGCACCUACAAUCACCCUAGUUGGAGUGGCACUCUUCCAAUCGGCCGCAGACGAGGCUGGUACACACUGGGGAAUUUCGAUGACGAGUACCGUGUUAGUAACCCUGUUUUCACAGUACCUUACCAAUGUCAAGAUUCCAGUGCCCGGAUAUAGCAAAGAACGGGGAGGUUUCUAUGUUGGUCGCUUCCCGUUGUUCAGAUUAUUUCCGGUUAUUCUAGCAAUAGCAGUAUCGUGGGUAAUUUGUGCCAUCAUCACUGCAGCGGGAGGCUUUCCUUCUGAUCCCAGCAUUCCUCAGUACAUGGCGAGAACUGACGCCAGGGCUGCUGUGGUGAAAGAAGCCAAAUGGUUCAGAGUUCCAUAUCCAGGUCAGUGGGGAAUGCCUACUGUCAGUGUUGCAGGGGUGUUUGGGAUGCUUGCUGGGGUGUUGGCCUCCAUUAUAGAUUCUGUGGGAGAUUACUAUGCCUGCGCGAGAAUAUCAGGAGCGCAACCACCGCCAAAACACGCCAUCAACCGUGGAAUUGGAAUAGAAGGUAUUGGAUGCCUCUUCGCAGGGGCUUUUGGGAGUGGAAGUGGUACAGCCACGUACAGUCAAAAUAUUGGGGCCAUCGGGAUUACUAAGGUUGGCAGUCUUCGCGUCGUCCAGUUUGGAGCUCUUGCAAUGAUGGUUGUUGGUGUUGUCGGUAAAAUUUGCGCGGUAUUCGUCAGCAUCCCACAGCCUAUUGUUGGCGGAGUUUUAAUGGUCAUGUUUGGAAUGAUCGCCGCUGUUGGAAUCUCUAAUAUCCAGUUUGCUGACAUGAAUUCCUCCAGAAACUUGUUCAUCGUUGGAUUUUCCAUUGUGUUUGGAUUAGCUCUACCAUAUUACAUGAAGACUCACCCGAACGCGAUUGACACAGGUAUUUUGGAAAUCGAUCAGAUACUGACGGUCCUGUUCAAAACAAGCAUGGCCGUGGGUUGCAUUGUUGCACUAAUUCUUGACAACACCAUCCCUGGUACCAUCGAAGAACGCGGGCUCAAGGCUUGGAGGAAACAUCUAUCAGAUGAGAGCGAUGAACAGUUUCAAACAGCUUCUAUUAAGAUCUAUAAUCUGCCGUUUGGUCUCAAUCGCAUCAGUAGCUCCAAAGUGGCCAAGUAUUUGCCUUUCCUGCCGUACAACGACGAAGAUCGCUCGCCAACAGCUAAUGAAGAACUGAAGGACGUUGAUUCUAAACUGUAAAAUACAGUAGCAGUUUUACGGUCUACAUGACUGGGAUUUUUUCGGGUUAAUGCCUGGAUAGAGUAUUCAGAAGGUCUCACUGGGGUUAACUGUUAGCGGUAAAACGGGCCAAACCUUUAGCCCUUAGGCGUGAAAAUUGGGAAAUUUUAAAAGUUAGCUGUAAAAAAUAUAAAGCGACAAAAAAUUAGCCACGAAAGUAAAAGA